GUUGAAUUGCUGAAUACCACUGCUGACAGGUGUUACUAAGAUACUCUCCACAGUGGAGGAGCUCAGACCCCAAGAAGUUGGUGUCUAGCUGAGGCCCAGAGCAAUGACGGGCAGUCUGGUAUUCAGGAGACUUUUCUGCCAUCUCUCCACCUACACCCUGAUUUGGGCCAUGGUGCUGGCCACAGAUCAAGUUGUUCCUGAAUUAAUAACUGAACUCCAUUCUGUUCCUGGCUCUGAAGAUCUCCUUAGCCUUCACUGUUCAGCUGUGGGAGAGCCUGCUCCUGGAAUCUCCAUUUACCCUUCACAAGUCCUAGUGCCCACGCAAGAAGAGUACCGUACUGAGAACUCAAAUGCCACAGUGACGAUCACUAAAUUAUACAGCUUCUCUUUGAAAACUGUGAGGUCCUUGUGAAGGCGUCAGUGCCUUGCUUGCCAUCAUCAGAAAAGCUUCUCCUGAAAGAUGGGAACAAAUAUAGAGAUUCAUAAACACACAGUAUUCGGACAGUGAGAGACUUGGAACAGUCAGCCGUAAAUGGAAUACUUUGAUCAAUACGCUUCCCCUCCUGCUCCUCAUACACACACUACCUCACUGCUCAAGGAAGCCUGCAGAAGAGGAGACAGAAAGAACAAAAGAGCUGGAAGGAAAGAAGGACAUCAAGCCUUCUAAAUUCACAUGAGCAAAACUCACAUGAGCUCACAGAGACUGAGGCAGCAUGCACAGAGACUGCUUAGAUCUGCACCAGGUCCUCUGCAUAUAUAUUAUGGUUUCCAGCUUAGUGUUUUCAUUGUAUUCCGAAGUGUGAUGGGGGGGGGGGGUGAAGAGUAUUUUGGUCUCUGAUUCUUAUAUCUUCUCUUGGUCUCUUUUCCUUCUGUUGGUUUAUCUUGUACAACUUUGAAAUGAUAGCAUUUGUUUUACUUUAUUAUAUCUUUGUAAGCAGAAGUUUCUGUCCCACCAGCAACUCCCAAAUAGCUGGCAGCUGCUUCCCAAAUUACUACUAGGAGGCUUAUAUUAAUUAUAAAUGCUUGACUGGUAACUCAGACUUAUUACUAACUAGCUCUUACAUUUGAAUUAGCCCAUAAUACUUACCUAUGUUUAGCCACGUGGAACGUGGUUUGGUACCUUUUCUCAAUCUGGCAUUCUUGCCUCUGGAUGGUGGUUCCUGACUCUGCCCUUCUUCUUUCCAUCAUUCUUAGUUUGGUUGCCUGGCCUACACUUCCUGCCUGGCUACUGUCCAACCAGCAUUUUAUUAAACCAAUUUGAGUGACAAAUCUUUACAGUGUACAAGAGGAUUAUUCCAUAACAUUACCUUGAAGUUAUGUUCAUGAAAAUCUAGGCACUAGAUAAAGAUACCUACCUGCUGGGAGAGGGAAUGACACUGGGCAUAUCCAUCACUCAAGUACAGUCUUCAUGUUCAAGAGUAUCUAGCAAGCCUAUAAUGGACUCCACACUUUUUGGUUUUGUAUGCUUUUAUUGGAUAUUUUUUGUGGGGGAUGUUGGGGUUUUUUGUUCAUUUGCUUUGGUGGUUUUAUGUUGUAUAGGGUUUUAUUUGUUUUUUAAGAAAGAACUUAA